UUUUGAAACCAGCGCCUGAGGGUUUUUCGCGACCCAGCUCGUUCUCACCUUCGCGUAUGGAUUCCAUGGCUUCUUUGUUGAAUUUGGAUGAGUUACUGAAAUGUUAAUCGUUAGAUUCCUAUUCCGUUUCCGAUUCCAUCCUUGGGUUGGAGCGCAGCUCUCUAAAUCGCUGCAAGUUCGCGGUUUUACUGCUCUAGGUACCCUUUGAUUUUUGUUUCGAUUACUGAAAUUGGUGUUCCUGCUACUUUCUGUGACCUGUUCGGGAUUCGGCGUUUCACGACGUCGCUCCUUGUAUAGUCUGUGGAAGUUGGGGGCGAAAUAAGGUUAGCUCGAAUUUGGGGAUUUACUGUUCAUACGUUUGUUCUGCUGCGGGUAUGGGGAGAACGAAGCAGGGGUUUGGGGAUUCCUCCACUGCGAGAAUCACCAGGUCUAGAUACGCAGCUUUAGAGGACAUGGAUGAUGAUUUCCCAGCACUGAAGACGAUUUUGAUGAAACUGGGUGACAACUCUGAAACUGCUAAUAAAAGCUCUGGCCACGCCUCACCCGGUGCAACUGCUACUGGGAUUGCCAAGCUAGGACCUGCCGCUGUUAACGCCAAUGUUUCUGUGCAGACUUCCACCUCCUCGAAGCUAGGACCUGCUGCUGCAAAAAUCCCAGGUCAUCUUGGGACUGUUAACGCUACUUCUGGUCAUUCUGCCAGAGCUGCUGCUACUGGGAUUUCUCCUGGUAGUGUUACAGAAUCUGUAGUGUUUACUGAGGCCAACACUACCUCUAGUGCACUGGCUGUUGCUGCUAAAAUUCCUGGGCAGCUUCCAACAAAGGCAGUUGGGGAAAAAACAGCUGCAGGGAAAUCUGAAAUUGGGACAUCAAUAGGACAAACAACUAAGACUGCAGUUACUCCAAACUCUGAGAAAUCUGCUACUGAGCUAUCCAUUGGUAUAUCCACUGCUGUGAAACAUGUGAAACUGGCAGAAACUUCAGGAACAAAACCUUGGAACUCCUUGUUUAAAGACAACCGUGAUCCAAAUAAUGGGAUUAAGUUGAAAUUUGUCCCACCGAAAGGUGAAACACUGGACUUUGGGGACCGAGUACUACCCUCGAUGGUUGAAAUGUGGGGACACUGUCUAGUUGGACACUUCACGGGAAGAUUCCCCGGACUCAAAGCGGUCCAUGAUUUGAGAGCUAAAUGGGGAGUAAGAUGCCUUGUAAGAUCUCAUAAUAAAGAUUGGAUAAUUUUUAAAUUUCAAAAUGAAGAGGAUAGAUCCAAGGUACUACUUGAGGGACCUUACACCGUGUUUGGUAAACUCAUAAUGCUUAAAGAACUUGCGGAGGACUUCACUUUUGAGGAUGAAGAAUUCCUAAAAAUACCAAUUUGGGUCAAGUUCCCUAAACUACCUGUGAGUUUAUGGAAUGAGAAGGCUAUGAGUGAGGUGGCACUAUGAUCGGGGUUCCAAUAACCACGGACAAGAUUACUCAGGACAGGACAAACAAUGAUUAUGCUAGAGUUUUAAUUGAGGUUGAUGUUUCAAAGCCACCACCACUUCAUUUUCCUAUACGGCUACCUUCCCGAAAGGUAAUCAAACAAAGUGUGCUUUAUGAAACUUUUCCUAACUUUUGCUUUCAUUGCAAAGAAUUUGGGCACCACCCAUUUAUCUGUAAGAAGCUUGCCAAACCGGACGAUGGAGAAAGAGAUAAGGAAAAGUGCAUUGAGAAAAAUGAAAAAAUAGGGAAGGUGGCUGAAAAGCCACAAACUGCUGCUGCCCAGGGGUCUUACCCGACCGGGUUAGCCCAUGAUCCGACCGGGUCUCUUGCCCAGACAGUUACUGCCACUGCCCAAGAGCUCCAAACUGCCCCUCACCCGCCCGGGGGUACGAAUGACCCGACCGGGCCUACCGCCCAGGGGGCUAAAAUAGCCCAAACAGUUUCUGUCACUGCCCAGGGGUUAAAGGGUACGCGAAUGGAACAUGAGACUUCUGAAGAUGAUGACGACGAGGUCUUUUUGGAAGACAACGAGAGAGUAGUAAUGGAUGAGACCGAGUUGCAUCAAGAUGAUGUAGUAACCAAAUGUGAGGUGACGAAAGGAAAGAAGUUCAGGUUAUUUGUUAAACCGUUUAAAUGUGUGGAAGUCAGUGUGAUUAGAGUGGACUCUUUUCUUCGACUUACGGAUGAUUUGGACAAAAAAGGCCUAACUUUCACCACCGAAUGUCUUGAGAGAUUACCGGGAGUUAAAAAGAAAAAAGGGGAGGUUUGCUUUGCCUCAAAGUUUACUACUCCCUUCCGACUUUUCUUUGGAUGCUGAGUUAGGAAUACCUAGUUUGUGUUGUGCUAGGUUUUCUGGAUUGUUUGGUUCCGUUUGUGAGUUAUGUUCAAAACGUUGAUUGUGUGAGUGUGAGUUCUUUUUGAAAUUGUGGUAUCUCGGGUUAUGGGAUAUGCACCUUGAUUGUACACGUGAUGCAUUGUACUAUGCUAUUUUUCUGGAUAUAUAUACUUACAGUUUAUCCAAAAAAUUGAAACCA